UCUGUUCGGACGUCGUGAGGGGUAGACGUCUCCGCACCCAAUGCUCUUCGAUAGGAACAAGAGUUCGCUGCUACUACAAGACAAGAUUCCCAAGAGAGACAGAAGAAGACUUCAACAGCUAUUUUUUGCUUAUACUACGAUGUCUACCGUUUUGCACGGCUCCCGAGAGCUCAGAGGAUAACGGAUUCAGCAAAAUAGUAAAUGGUAUAUAUAAGGAUACAAAAAAAGAGAUAGUGAAAGAAAACAAAAGAACUGCCUGGUGGUUCCAUCUAGGGGCUUCCACCUGAAAAUGUAACUGUGAUUUACUGUGAUAUUGUUGUUGCUUGGCCUGUGUUUUUUGGUUAGUGAAUCGCUCAUAGAACUCCCUGUGAUUAAAUGCCGGUAUGAAGACGUCGUAAAAUCUGCGGUAAAUGUGACUGUUUGAUGUUCAACCAAGUCGGUUCUGUGAUACCUUUGUGUGUGUAAAAUAGCAGGGAACAUUCACGAUUCCUUGAAUCUGCUAGUCUGUGACCUAGACGUAGAAAGUAUAGUGACGGAGGAUCCUUGUGAUUGUGGGAACAGAAAAGAAAACGAAAGAAGAGAAAGCGAGAAAGAGAAAACAGUCAUACUUUGUUACAUGAUUCGGAGAGGAGAACGUCUACAGUUUUGUGAGAAAAGGAAAGUUAUUUGUCAUAACUUAUAAAUCUGCGUCCAGUCAAGUUGAAGAAAGAACUGUUCCUAGCUCCUGGUGUGAUGAUCAUGCCAUCCGUUAAAACCAGUUUCUAACAAAACACGUAAAUAAAGAAGAGGACUGAUACCAACAGCCCUCGCCUCGCAAACAGCCUUCCAGUUCCCGAGGGAGCCUAGUCAGCGCAACUGCGAAGAUUCACAUUAAGAGCAUCAAAUCCACGAUCACUCUCCCGCCCGCCAUCCCCCAGAAGAAGAAAUUAGAGUAAGAAAAAAUAAGAAAAACAGGAUACUCCUUAAAGACAGCCGAACCUCUUUCAGCGGAGAGAAGAAAGAGCGUCGCAGCCCAUCGCCUCCCUUCUUUCUUGAGUUCUCCUUCCUCUAAUUCGGCAAGAUGAUGAGUUUCAAGCAGUGGCUAGUGCUGCUGGGCCUCUACACCAUCUACAUGCUCAUUGGUGCCGCCGUGUUCAUCAGUCUGGAGAAGGACAAUGAAAUGGAGGGAAGAGAGGAGCUGCUCAGCCUCAAGGGACGUGUGAUAGACUUCGUGGAGGGCCUGGACAACGAGAGCCGACCGGGCGCCGAGGUCGUCCUCAAAGAUGUGAGCGACGUCUGCGGCCACGACUUCCUGUCGGCGGAGGACGACGAGCCACUCACCUGGUCGCUCUGGAACUCUUUCUUCUUCACCUUCACCGUCAUCACUACCAUAGGUUUCGGCCACAUGUCCCCCGCCACGCCCUGGGGCCGCGUCUUCUGCAUCGCCUACGCCCUCUUCGGCGUCCCCCUCAACGGCAUCCUCGUGGCGGUGCUGGCAGACAUCUUCUCCUGCAAGAUGGUGAACUCCCGCGUGCGCGCGCGUGCCAAGCGCUACGAGUCGUGGAUGGGCGUGGCCACCGACACGGUGCUGUACCUGGUGCCCGGCUUCAUCUUGUUCCUGGUCGUUCCGGCGGCCGUGCUGCUGGCGUUCGAGGAGGGGUGGAAUUACCUAGAUUCGUUUUACUUUGCCUUCAUCACUCUCACCACCAUCGGAUUCGGAGACUACGUGGCCGGGCGCCAGGACCUGGACCACAUGUGGAUCUGGACUUACAAGAUCCUGAUGGUGGUGUGGAUCGUGUUCGGCCUCGGAUACAUCGUCAUGAUCAUCACCUUCAUUCAGAAGGCGCUCAAGUCGAAGAAGAUUCACAGGGUUGAGCAAAAAGUAGCACGGACGCUGAAGAGACAGGCAGCCAAGAUUCACCAGAACCUCCACACGGAUCUCAAGAGGCUGCGGGAGGUGGUGACAGCCCUCUCGGUCCUUCCCGACAACUCGGAGGAGGACUGCAGCAAGGAGAAGACCCUGAAGCGAUGCGCGAGCCAGCCCACGAUGCCUCAGGGCGUGGGCGGCGUCGAGGACAAGGAGGAUCACACUCUCCCCCGCUCGGUGACGUCACAACAGUCGCAACCCCCGGCCGAUCGCGUGAAGACCUUCCGGCAGGCGCUGUCCGAGGCGGCCGUCAAUAAUGUGGGCAAGAAGGACCAGUUCCGCAGCCUGUCGUCUCUGGAGGACGUGGCUCUGUUCCUGGAGAUGGUGGAGUCGCUGCUCCGCGAGCACGAGGCGGGCAUCGCGAAGGAGGCGGACGACCAGGCGCACCACAUCCUCAGCGACGACGACUCCAACUCUUCCGACGAUGACUCCUUCGGCACGGAGGCGACGGACGUCCCACACAAGGAGGACCUCGAGGCCGGCUUCUGCAAUCAGGCUUUCGUUGGCGACAAGGGUGAGGUCGAGGUCGUCGUGCAAAAGCCAUGCCACGUCGCCAGCGACGCCAGCAAGAAGGGCGCGAAAGAGGAUGAGCCCGGCGUUAACCAGAGGGUGCAGCAGCGGCUAAACUAUCUCCUGAAGGAAGUAGAUCCAAAGUCAAGCCGAGGACUCCUGCGCCAAAAGUCACUAAAGGAAGGGGUCACUUCUUCAGGCCAACUCCUGGGUGAAAUGGAGAGUAUCGUGUGCAAGCCCUUCUCCAACCCAGACAUCCCCGACACCUGCAGCGCCAGCGACUCGCUUUCGAGGGUUGACCGUCGAAGCAGCAACUCUGUUCCGGGUCGUAUCAAGAGUGGUUUCGUGAAAUCGUACCCGAACCUUAGUGACGUCUUCCCUACACUGCCCUCCUCCUGCGACGCCGUCGACCACCAGCCUGGUUCACAGCAUGACCCCGAGAAGCGAGCCAGCCGCCGCUGGUCCUUCGGGAGCGACAAUCGCCGGCAGGAGGCCCCGCACGACGGCCACCACGCUGCCCACAACUUCCUCGCCGGCAUCAAGCUGUCUGCAGGGAGGAGCGCCAAGGACCUGAGCUCGUCGCUGUCUCUGCUCUCCCAGUGGAUUCACGGCAGCGCUGUCAGGACCCAGGGCCUGCAGGAAGCGGAGAAGGAGAGAGAGAAAGAGAGGGACAGCGUCAGUAGUGACGAAUCGCAGGAAGCCACUAAACCUCAAUACACGCGGUUGUAAUUCUAUGUUUUCGUUUUCAUGUUUAUUUGCUUGUUAGUUUUUUAUUCAUUUAUGAUACUUUAUGGAUACAAAGUAGUACAAAUGUCAUAUACUUAUUAGAUACAUUGAAAUGUCCAGUCAAAGGACAUUCCUCAUGAACCAAACGUGCACAAGCAAGCACAUAUUCAUUUCGAUAUCGAGACGAAAUCAUCAUGCGCAUGAAAAGCUGAAAAGAGUGGCCUUGCUUAACGUCUUGUGCGUGCACUACCAAACUCUCAAGUGAACAGUGGAGUUUGCAUCUGAGCUAUACAAGUGCGCAAGAGAGUUGCAGUUUGCGUCUGAAAUGAUAAAGAAACGGAUUUCUUCUCAAUGUGCUUAACUGACAUUUUUAUCCAGCACGGAUAAAUGCAUUUGGUGUAUACCAUAAGGCACUCGCUUGUCAUAACCAGAGGCCUAAUGUGGGUCACACCCCAUGUAUGUAUAUAUAUGCAUAUAUAUGCAUAUAUAUAUAUGUAUAUAUAUAUAUAUAUAUAUAUAUAUAUAUAUAUAUAUAUAUAUAUAUAUAUAUAUAUAUAUAUAUAUAUAUAUAUUAUGUUUACCUAUAUGUUAAAAAAUACUUCGAGUCUAUUAAGAUAUAUGCUGCUAUGCACAUAACCAUUCCAUAUUUUAAACUCAAAUACAAAGUUAGGCUCUUUCAUAACGAGUACAAUGUCUACCCGCAAAAUGUGCCUUGAAAACGUGAUUUAUACGCAUGUGAUAUAUAUUUCUAUCAAGGAGAUUUACUGGCUUAGUAUUCAUGCAUACUUAUAGUCAUUUGAUCUUCCAAUAUGUUUUCCGGUGAUUUUAGAAGCCUUGCAUUCCCAUAUACUGUACAAUGUACAGCAAAUUACUUUUAUAAGGCAUUUGUCUGAUAAGAUUUUUCAGGUCUACAAGUAUUAAUAUUUUGUAUCGUCCAAGGCCAGUGUUGUUAUUUCUUAAAACCUCUUUUUCUUUCUUAUUUUCUUUCUUCCUCUCUCUCUCUCUCUCUCUCUCUCUCUCUCUCUCUCUCUCUCUCUCUCUCUCUCUCUCUUUCUUUAUCGCUAUCUCUCUCUCUCUCUCUGCCUCUCCUUCUUUAUCGCUAUCUCUCUCUCUGGCAAGUUUUAUACAUUCCUGAUACAAUUUUCCUUCCCCGCGCGUCUUCCAUAAUCAUAGGAUUUCCGUAUAAAUGGCUUCCUUGAUGAAAGAUUACUCUGAUCAUAAUAUCAAACACAUAAUUUAUAGCCUAUAUUAUGUAUAUAAAAUACCUCAUUAUGUUAGUCUAGAUGUACUCAAUAAAAAACAAAUAGUGUUCCCUAUCAUGGCUUCGGAUAUGAGAACGUGCGUAGUACAUUUAAUUACUUUUAUAGUACAAGUGUGCGUAUUGCCUGAUUAAUAUGUUUGAAAGUCGGGGAAGAAAUUCGAAUACAUUUACACUGUAUUUUCUCACAAGGAGGUAAAGCAUCAAGUACAGGCAUACUUUGAUGGGCCCAACACAAAUAUUGUUUUAAAGUCCAUUUUAAUGUUUUUGUUAUAAAAGACAUAUAUUGUAUUUCGUCAUAUUACGGCCUAUAUAUAUAUAUAUAUAUAUAUAUAUAUAUAUAUAUAUAUAUAUAUAUAUAUAUAUAUAUAUAUAUAUAUAUAUAUAUACACACACACACACACACGUGUAUGUAUGUAUGCAUGUAUGUAUGUAUGCAUACUUUUAGAUUUAUAAACAUUAAAAGUUAUCUUUUGAUAAAAAUAUAACGAAGUUUAUCAAAUAUGAAAUGUGAUAAACAACACUGGAUUAUGUGAAUUAUAUAGCAAACGCAAUACUCAAAUUAUAAAGUAAUUAAUAUUAGGUACUGAUAUUCUAUGUUAUUUGCAAUUGAUAUUUUGUUAUUUCACGCAAUAUAACCCAAGAAGAAU